AUGGAGGUGGGUAAACUUCGCUGUUGUGCUCUGAGGAAGCAGCUAAUGGCGUGUUCAUUUGUGGAAGUUGCAGUUGUACACGCCCUUUUGGCUGCUCAAAAGUCUCUUGCUUGCCUUCUUAUGCUGACAGGAACUCUGUUGAAUGAUAUUGAUGGGCUCCCGAACUUGGUUGAAAAAAGGUUUCCCAUCGACAAGCUUCAUAGAUUGGAAAAGCUUGGACCUGAGAACAGCGAUGCUGGUGAUCCAGUGGACAAUGAUGAAGAUGAUGACGACGAUGAUCAGGAUGAUGAAGAUGAUGCUGGUGAUGAAGACUUUUCAGGUGGUGAAGAAGGGGGAGACGAUGAUGAAGAAGCGGAUCCCGAGGAUGAUCCUGAGGCUAAUGGUAAUGAAGGCAGUGAUAAUGAGGAUGAUGACGACGACGAUGGGGAUGAUGAUGAGGAUGGUGAGGAUGAGGAGGAAGAAGAAGAGGAUGAAGAGGAAGAGGAUCAACCACCAGCUAAGAAGAGGAAGUGA